CGCCGCCGGCAUACGCGUUUUCGCCUCCGCGUCUGCCCCGGGCUGUCCCGCGGUGCGCGUAACCGCCCUCCUGGUCCCGAACUUACGCCACUCUGUUAGCUCAUGGACCGUAUGGGGGUUGAAAAACAACCCUGUAGCGUACCCGUAAUCUAACAACUGUGGGAGCUCUCUCUGCAAGUCCAUGUCUUUAAUCUGCCGCUUUUUUAAAAAGCAAAUAAAUAAAUCAUAUGCUGCUUGCCUUUCCAUUUCUAAUCAGCGCUGUUGCAAGGCUUACAGACUUCGGCAGCACGUAGGCUAGGACUAUAUUUAUAGCUCCUAGGGCCGCGACCCGCAGUGGUCGUUUGCCGUCCCCCCCUUGCUUCAGAAGGACCCGCUCCUACUUCCCCAUCCGUGGCAGCCGUGUCUGUCCGUAGUCGUCGACGUCGGGGUCACCAUUUGAUGGAGAAGGAAGACUUGCUCGCCAUAUGAUGAUCGACAAGUCUCGUCUUUAUUCCCGAAUUACGGAUUAUUAUACACCUUUUAAUUAGCUCAUGCAUAGUGCAAAAUCCCAGCUCACCAUUGGCUAACUAGCUAUCAGCUAUUUACGUGCUAUUUUGGUAUAACUACUUAUUACUUUCCCAGGCUGUUUUUCUCCACCACCUGCUCGGUGCAUUACUUCAUCCGCAGGCCAAGGACACAGUUUAAUUGGAAGGCAACUCCCCUCAUUUUCUAUCUUGGUCAAAUUAAUCUCACUGUGAGCUUUAGCUCGGAGCUAGCUUGUUACAAAGCUCUCAACACAGAACAUAUUUUCAUUCUGAGUAUCUUUCUGUAAAUGAACAUUCUGUCUCAACCAGGAGGUAUUUUUGACCAGCUGUUAAAACUUCAGAAGUACACCUAGAAAAGAGGCAAAGACAGUUUCCUGAAACAUCUGCCUUUUAUUAAAAGUCCAUCAUAUGGGUCAAAAGAAGGGUGAAAAAACCAAAUCAGUCCUUUUACUUCUUCAGUAUGUGAUUUCACAGAUACUUUUAAUUUCAUUUUAAAGAAAAAAAGGAAAGUAGCAUGUACAGGGAGAACAAUCCAAUAGGAAAUACUAAAUCUGUACCUGUUUGUGUGUCAACUCACCCGCAAAUGGUGAGUUAAAAGAUAAUUUGUAGCAUUUGAAAUGUCUUCAAGUAGCCUUUACACUCAGCAAAACUUUGGUCACAAGUGGAUAAGGUGAUCAUGGGAUCUGUUCCAUGAAAAAAAAAUAUCCCCUUAGAUUUUUUUUUCCCUACUGUUUUUGAUAUAUAUUGCAUAUUGUGCCUUAAGGGCAGCAGCUACAUAGAGAUAUCUCUCAGUAUUCGUUCAGUAUUUGACAGUUAGGCUGUUCCAAUGUACCUUAGGGAUUUUUAUUCUAAUUUUAUGCUGUCAGACUUUUAUUUCUCUGACUUUGUAUCCUCUGUGGUAAUAUUACUAAAAGCUUUCCGGUUUUGUGGGUAUUUUUAUUAAAAGAAAAGUAAUUGUAUUAAUCAGAGCUUAGUUUUUCUUGCCUUUUUCUUCCAGAUUAUCCCAAUGGCAUUCGGCUCACGUCAGCUGUUCCAGGAGCAGAUAUCAAAGUACUCAUAAAUUUCAAUGCACCAAAUCCUCAGGACAGGAAGAAGUUUACAGAUGAUUUGAGGGAAUCAAUUGCAGAAGUUCAAGAAAUGGAAAAGCACAGAAUAGAGUCCGAGCUGGAGAAGCAGAAGGGGGUGGUGCGUCCCAGCAUGUCGCAGCGCUCCAGCCUGAAGAAGGACUCCGGGAACGGGACCCUGCCCCGGGCGUGCCUGGACGACAGCUACGCCGGCGGCGAGGGGCUGAAGCGGAGCGCGCUCAGCUCCUCCCUGCGCGACCUGUCCGAAGCAGGCAAGCGUGGGCGACGCAGCAGUGCAGGAUCGCUAGACAGCAAUAUGGAAGGGUCCAUCAUUAGCAGUCCUCACAUGCGCCGAAGAGCUACAUCAACCCGAGAGUGUCCAUCUCGCCCUCACCAGACUAUGCCCAACUCCUCCUCACUCCUAGGGUCCCUGUUCGGUAGCAAGAGGGGCAAGCCCCCCUCGCAGAGCCACGCGGCCGCGCAGACCCCGCACCACGCGGAGGGCGCGGCCGCCGCGCCGCACCCGCACCACGCGCAGUUCUGCCACCAGAACCCGCCGCCCUACCACCACCACCACCACUACCACCCGCCCCCGCCCCCGCACCCGCACCCGCACCAGUACCACCAGCACGGGCACGGCCACGGGCACGGCCCCUACCUGCCGCACGCCCCGCACCACGGCCCGCACCACGGCCCGCACCACCACGGGCCGCCCCCGCCGCCCGCCGCCGCCAGCACCAAGCCCAAACACAGCGGCAUCAGCACCAUAGUCUAGGCCUAAAGACCCUCCUCGUGACUCUAGUUCCAAACCCAGCUGCAAAGGCACUUAGAGGAAGCAACAAAAUCACACCGUCAGUUUUUACCCAGGCCAUUUAAUGAGCUUAAAGGCUUGCUGUUACUAAAUAAAAUAAUUCCAGUUAGCCCAGGCUAUACUGGUUUUACUUAUCUACUGGAUAGAUGUUCACCACCAUCUGGUUAGUUCUUAUUUCCAAACUUGCCUUGACAACGUGCUGCUUGCUGAAUCUGAGGAAAGCUACCUUUUACACCAAACCCCUGGACAAUUUUACACACAUAAUGAAAAGCUAGCCUAUGGAAAAAAAAACAGGGAAAAAAGUCAGACAGAACCAAGUGUUGCAUUCUUGCUCUUUUACUCUCAAUGGGCAAAAAAAAUAAGUAGACCUGAUAUGGUUGAUGAAAGUACGUAAGUAAACUUUAUAUAAUAUAAAUAUAUACAUAUAAAUAUAAAUAUAAAUAUAUAUAUAUAUAUAUAUAUAUAUAUAUAUAUAUAUAUAUACUGUAUAGUUAACAUUUGUGCUUGGAAAGAAAUUUUUUCAGUCCACAAAACUAGCAAUAUAGACUUUACAAGGAAUUCCACUUACUUGAUAGGACAGUAUAAUAGAUGAAUAGCAUAUGAAAGUAGACCAAAACCAUUAAACGUUAGAAACCAAUUUCAAACAUUUCAGUAUUUUCAUCACAAGUCCCCUGGACUUGUUAAGAUUUCUAAGCAAUCAUUACUAAAUGUGCCAAGUAACAUAGCAUUUAAAUGUUAUAGUCCAAUACUGCUUUGUAUAAAUCCUUAUUUUAUUAACACGAUGAUAUCAUACGUAAUCAGUAUUAGAGCUGCUCUGCUAUUUCAGGUAAGCAAACUCGUUAAGAUGCAGUAAUUAUUCCGUAGCAAUGGAGGGUGCCCACCUACCAGGGGGCACCUCCGAGCAUUGGUCACACAAGUUCUUAGACACUUUAAAGGCUGUGAUAACUGUGAAUUUACAUGAUCCACAUUUCUUUUGUAAGCAUAUGGAUUGAACGAGCACAUGGGAAGAGUUCCGCCAGGUGCAUGUAAACACUGCAAAAACAUUCAUCUCAAACAUGAAAAUGGCAAACCUCCAUCCUUCUCAGCUACUUUGGUUCCUGUUUACCAUAAUUGCUCAUUUUUACCUCCAGCGAAGCUGAAUUCUAGUC